AUGACCCAAUCUAUUGAAGUUGAGGUGUGUAUCAUUGGGGGAGGUGUAUCUGGUCUCAAGGCAGCUCAUACCUUACUCAAUCACUCUGGAUCAAAAUAUUCAUCUAAAGACUUGAUUUUACUCGAGGCUCAAGAUAGACUUGGUGGUAGAAUAUUCACCGACCGAAAGUCGUCAAAAUUAGGUAUAUCGUAUGACUUGGGAGCAUCUUGGUUUCAUGAUUCGUUAAAUAACGUCGUGUUGGAAGAAUCGAUUAAGGAUGGUACUUUUAAUGUUAUGGAAGACGGUUAUUACGACGAUAAGGAUAUCAGAGUCUUCGCAUCUGAUGAGGACGGACCACUAGAUGUCAACAAUAUGAAACUCCAUAGAGUGGCCGAGGACCUAGAAAAGUUCAUUGAGUUAUACUAUUUUGACGAUUUGAACAAAGCGGAUAUGUCGUUAAACGAAAUAGUUGAAUUGUUUAUGGAAAAGCAUUCUUCCAGAUUGACCACGGAACAAAAAAGAUAUUGCAGCACCAUUUUGAGAUACCUCGAGUUGUGGUAUGGCAUUACAUGGGAUAAGAUUAGUGCUAAGUAUUCUAUUAUGGAUCACCAGGGCAGAAACCUCUUCAAUAAGAAGGGAUACGAUUUCUUGAUCAACAAAUUGGCUCUGGGUAUCCCAGAGGAUAGAAUCCUCCAUAGCCAUCCCGUCACUAAUAUCAUCCGCAAUAAUAAGAAGGGCAACGAAAGAGUAGCUGUGGAAUCAUCCAAUGGUCCGACGGUUUACUGUAAUUACCUCGUUGUCACGGUCCCUCAGAGUAUUUUAUCGUUGAGCCCACUGCAUACCCAUGGGAUCACCUGGAUACCUCCUCUUCCAUCUAAUAUCACCGAUGCAUUAGAAAAUAUUCACUUUGGCGCAUUGGGAAAAGUCAUUUUCGAAUUUGAAUCUUGCUGGUGGGAUAUCAAUGAAGACCGGUUUGAAAUACUUGCUGAUUCCACCGAUGACAGUCUGCUCUCCUCGCCCAUAAGCCUGUCUCCCGAAAGCUUUAAAUUUCCUGUAUUUGCAGUCAACUGUGCUGCUGUAUAUAAGGAAUCGGUCAGGGGUGCUAGUCUUUGUAUCCUCACUCAAUCACCGCUAACUGACUAUUUGGAGUCGCAUCCCCAGCAAGCAUGGUCCUAUUUCAAACCCAUGUUGUCCAAGUUAAAACUAAAUGAUCUUCAAGUCUCCGAUCCAAUCAACACCAUCACAUCUAAUUGGACCAAUAACCCCUAUAUAAGAGGCUCCUACAGUGCUGUUGAGACAGGAGAUGAUCCUUUAGAUAUUAUCACCCAAUUAUCUGGCGAACACGAUUGCGGAUUGAUAGACAAAAAUAUCCGCUUUGCAGGUGAACACACUACACUGGAUGGUUCUGGGUGUGUACACGGUGCCUACAUGAGCGGUCAACGAGAAGCCAUGUGGAUCCUUAAUGAUUGUGGAGCCUUUAGUACCCAAUAA